AUGCCUUCCGUUCAAAUCCGUUCUUCGCCGGCGACGGUUACCGAUCUCAAGCAGCGAGUCAUCGCCUGUCUCAAUCGACUCUCCGAUCGCGAUACGUUGGCUCUCGCCGCCGCAGAGCUUGAUUCCAUCGCUCUAAACCUAACUCCGGAGACUUUCUCUCUGUUUAUAAACUGUCUCCAGAGCACAGACUCUUCCGCGAAAUCUCCGGUUAGGAAACACUGCGUCUCGCUCCUCUCCGUGCUCUCUCGCUCCCAUGGAGAUAUUCUCGCUCCUCAUCUCUCCAAGAUGGUCUCCACCGUCCUCCGCCGUCUACGCGAUCCCGACUCCUCCGUCCGCGCCGCUUGCGCCGCCGCGUCCGUCGAUAUGACAACCAGCAUCACCGGAUCGCCUUUCUCUAUCCUCGCGGGACCAAUGAUCGAAACCCUAAUCCACGAUUGCGAUCCCAACGCUCAGAUCGGCGCCGCCGUGUGCCUCGCGGCGGCGGUUGACGCCGCUGACGAGCCUGACGUAGAGCAGUUGCAAAAAGCGCUUCCUAAAAUUGGAAAAUUGCUAAAAUCGGAAGGUUUCAAGGCGAAACCGGAACUUCUAGGAGCAAUAGGAAGCAUAAUCGGAGCCAUUAAUGGAAGAAACAGCGACAAGGCGGUGUUAGAUUGGCUUUUACCGAACGUCUCUGAGUUUCUAAGCAGCAACGAUUGGCAUGCGAGAAAAGCUGCUGCAGAGACGAUGGCUAGAGUAGCUAUGGCGGAACAAGAAUUGGCUCCUUUGUAUAAGAAAGCCUGUGUAGAUAUUCUUGAGAGCAGAAGAUUUGAUAAGGUUAAACUUGUCAGAGAGACGAUGAAUCGUACACUGAGUCUAUGGAAGCAGCCUGAAAGUGAUUCUACAGAGUCUUCCAAAUUAGCUUCUUCUGGUUUGUCUGCGACAGAGUCUUCUUCCUUCUCCAAAUCAGCUUCUUCUGCAACUUCUAAAAGAAGCAACAACACACUGAAAGGCAAAGAUACGAACUCAAGCGCAACAUUAAGCUCAAAGUUAAAAGAUGUUGAAGAGAAAGAUAGUAAAGAAGCUGUGGAGACGAAAGAGAAGCAGAAUCGAGCUAAAAGGGUUCUGUUCCCGGCAAAGCAAAAGCCAUCUAAGGUCAACGACAACGGCUCUAACCAGUCACAAGUUGUUGUUCAGAGUAGUGACGAAGAUAGUUCUGAAGGAAGCAGUUCUUGUCAGAGAAAGAAUGCAGAAGAGUUGUCUCUGAUAAGAAGCCAAAUCACUCAGAUCGAAAAACAACAGAACAGUCUCUUAGAUCUCUUUCAGAGAUUCAUGGAGAGCUCUCAGAACGGGAUGCAAUCUCUGGAGAAACGAGUUCGUGGUCUAGAGACAUCACUCAGCGUAAUCUCAACUGAUUUGUUAGUCUCUCGCACCAUAACACAAAACGGAAACCACAAACGAAACUCGUGUCUACAGAACUGA